AUGGUGCUCACAAGUCUCGUCGCGCUCAAGGUGGUCGACGACCUGCAGCUGGCGCAGCUCUCGACGGCCGCGCUCGCCCAGACCGUCGGCAUUGAUCCGAAUGCUCGCAACGCCGAGACACUGAGCCUGUUUCUCUUCUUGGGUCUCCGAGAGGACACGGUCCUCGCCCACGCAAUGACGAUGGUCGCGGCGAACCCGGACGCGACGUCGGCGCUCGUCGCGACUGCGGCAGCGUGGCGGGUUCUCGCCAAGCCCACGACCUUCCCGGCGCGCUUGGAGCGUCACGGAGACUUUGGCAUUCUCGUCUCGACGGACGGCAAGGUGCGCGUGGCCGUCUGCAUUCCUGCUGGCCUCGGCAACCACAUCGUCCGCGUCUCGUUCGCGUCGCCAUCGACGUUCCACACCAGCGUCAUCGUGUCUUCGCAUCACUUGGUCACGGACGACGUGUGCUCUGACGACGAGAUCCUCUUUGGCGGCAACCUCCUCCUCAACGUCUUCGAGGUGCUCGCGACAGUUCCCAACUGCGUCGAUCGCUUGCGCCGACUGCUCACGCGCGCGAUUGCUUUGUACGAGGGCCUCGUCUACGACAUUGUGCGUCCGCCCUUGGCCACGUCGAGUCGCGUCGCGGGCUCGGUGCUUGUCCCGUUCGAGGCCAUGCUUGGCGGAACGCUCUCGCUGCCGAUGGAGCUCAUCGUCGCCUCGCCGCCGCGCAAGACGCCCCACGACGCUCUCGUCCUGGACAUGUCGUCGCACGAAGGCGACUCGGCGAAGCGAACGAAGCGCGCCAACACGCUCACGCUCGCAUCGCGGAGCUCGAAGCGGAACGCGACCAUCUCAUGCGGAUCCUCUCGUCCAAGGAUGCCUCGGUGCCACCGCCCGCUUUGGCGCCGAGCCAUCGCAUCGACACGCACCGCCGAUCCUCGCUGCCGCCGUCGUUGA